AUGGCUAUCAGUCUAUUAUCAUCUCGUGCAAGCUUGCUUCAUGAUCUUGUCAUUUCCGGCUACUACAUUGGAGUUGCUCGUGUCGAUUCUUUCGGUCCUGUCGCUUUCCUCAAAGUUGAAAGUGAGAUGUGUCGUUCCUUGCCCGCUGUUCUACAGCUAAUUCUGGCUGGUAAACUGUUGAUGGAAACGUCAAAAAUAGCAAUUGAACAGUACAAAGAUCAAGUAGUGGUUGAUAAGAAAGGUAUCACAUCUGGUUGCAUCAUCCCAAACUUUACAUCAGCUCCUACUGCUGCUGCUGCUGCUGCUGCUGCUGGCGCUAAAAGACGCAAAAAAAGCCUAGUUGGCAGUUCCUCUCAAUUACCAUAG